AUAUGAUCUCUAAUGCCGUUCAGUUUUUCUCUUACACUUGUGACUUUAAGACAAAAAUGUUUACGGUAACGGGUACCACUUAUAAUAAAAUGGAGAAGGUAUGGUCAGGACCCAAUUUGAAAAAUCUCUAUAGCGACGAAAUGACAUUGGGUGAGGCAAUUGUAAGGCGAUUGAUAACUACUCCCGGAAAAGUCAUACAAAUUAUGGGUACAACUGGAGAAAGUUUAACAGCCUUGGAGUUUCUGAAGUGCUCCAUGAAUGUGGCCCAUAAUAUCCUAAAAAUGGGUCUCAAUUGUCGCGACAUCGUGGGCUUGUAUGCCCAGCAUUCGGUGCAUGAAGCCACUGUUAUGAUGGCCGCGUUUCUGUGUGGAACUCCGGUGCAUGCCUUAUUUCCUGGCUUUGAUCAAAAGACAGUCAUAUCUUUAUACGAAAAUACCCGACCCAAAUUUAUCUUUUGUGAUGAGGAAAACUAUGAAAGUGCCCUAAGUGCCAAUGAAACUUUAGACUUAAAAGCAAGAAUUGUUGUAUUGACUGGCCAAGUCCAAGGCGUCACUCACAUUAGUGAACUGGUGCAAAAUGGAGCACAAUCAUUGGACAUCAAUGCAUUCCCAUGCACUGGGCUGAAUGGCAGUGAUACAGCAGCAAUUCUGUGUUCAUCCGGCACAACUGGAACGCCAAAGGGGGUAAUGUGUUCACAUCAAGCCUUGCUUUAUAGCAAUAUCUACCACACAGUUACAUGUGACUCGGUUGUCCUCUGUUUUAGCACCAUGUAUUGGGCCUCUGGAAUUUUAAAUUUAAUAUCUGCCCUGCUGCAUUCUAGUCUUCGCAUUGUACCUGAGAAGCCAUAUUGUCCAGAAUAUCUUCUUAGUCUUGUAAAGCACUAUCAAAUAACACAUGUCCUUUGUGGUGGCAAUCAAGUAGCCGAGUUGGCCUUCCAUCAAAGCAAGAAACAUGUGCGAGAAUCCUUACAAUCCAUUGAUACACUUCUAUGUGGAGGUGCUAAGAUUCCUCAACUGGUACAGGAGAAACUAUUGGAUAUUCUAUCGGACAAUACAAAACGGCCAGGAAUGGCAGUCAUAUACGGCUUAUCGGAAAUUGCAGGUGGCUUAUCAAUCAAUGGUGGCUACCCCUAUGAUUUUCAACCAUUUUCUGAGGGAAAAUUGUGGCCCAAUAAAAGGGUUUGUAUAGUGGAUAAAAGUGACCAGCGAUUGGGGCCCAAUGAAUGUGGUGAGAUUUUGGUCUAUAGUCCCUACACAUGGCAGGGAUAUUACCAAAAUUCCGAAACUACUGCAAAUGCCAUGAAAGGCGAAUGGUUUUGUUCAGGUGAUAUUGGCUAUUUCGAUGAACUGGGCUUCUUACAUGUCAUUGGCCGCGAAAAGGAGAUGUUUAAAUGGAACAACUUUCAGAUCUGUCCACAACCAAUAGAAGAUGUCUUACUUCGCUUGGAGGGUAUUGCCGAGGUCUGUGUCUUUCCAAUACCGGACAUGGUUUCAGAAAAUUUAACAGCUUGUGCCAUUGUCAGAACUCCGAAUGAGAAAGGACAAGAACUCACUGUGGAAAUGGUCAACGAGUAUGCUGUGAAAAACCUGGAUAGCAUUUAUCUACUAAUAGGUGGUGUUUAUUUUAUGGAUUAUCUACCUAAGACUGGUUCGGGAAAGGUCCAAAGACACAAAGUUGCCUCCAUGAUCAUGAAUAUGAAGGAACGAAAUCUCGUUCACACCAAAAGCUCCAUAGAUCACGCUGUGCUUAAUGUCUGCAAUUGAGUACGUAUAACUUGGAAAAUACUGAACUUUACACUUCAAAUACUUUAAUAAAUGCAUUGUUCUCUAAAAAUCUUGUGAGGAGUCGUGA